GGAACUGCUAUCUCUGGAAGUGUGAGCAAGAGACAACACACAGACUGAGAAGGGCAUUCACCAGAUGUGCCUGGAGCUUUGAGGAGGAGAAGGAAGGUCAGAAAUGAGCUGAGAGACUGGGACAGAGUUUUCCCCCCCUCUUCGGCAGCAAGGAAGACACUUUGGUAACGUGGAUCCAGCUCAGUGAAGGACUGUUCAGGAUCAGAGGGCAAUUUCUUUAGAGAUUAUCCUUCUUCCAGAGCAGGCAUGGAAAUCAGCAAUGAUACUGACAAUAAUUCAUCCCUCUACUGUGACUAUGUUGAAUGGAGUUCAUCAAAGGUUCUCAUUCCUAUCAUUUAUGUGGUGGUUUUCUUACUAGGCACCACUGGCAAUGGUCUGGUGUUAUGGACCAUUUUAGGGGGAGGCCAGGAGAAACGACGAUCGGCAGAUACAUUCAUUGCCAACCUGGCAGUGGCUGACCUGACCUUUGUGGUAACCUUGCCACUCUGGGCUACCUAUGUCAUCUUGGACUACCAUUGGGCCUUUGGCUCCUUUGCCUGCAAACUCAGCAGCUACCUGGUUUUUGUCAACAUGUAUGCCAGUGUCUUCUGCCUCACGGGGCUCAGCUUUGAUCGCUAUUUGGCCAUUGUCCGGCCCAUUGCCAAUGCCAAACUCAGGUCAAAAGCUAGUGGGCUUUUAGUGACCAUUACUCUCUGGGCCUUGGCAGCUCUUCUGGCCUUGCCAGCCAUGAUAUUCCGGAAUGCAGGAGCACUCAAUGGGGAGAACAAAGUGACAUGCUUCAUGGAUUACUCAGGUGUAGCAUCCAAUGAGACAGAGGCAGCCUGGGAGGCAGGACUAGGCUUGUCCUCCACCUUAAUGGGCUUUGUGGUGCCAUUCGCCAUUAUGCUGACCUGCUACUUCUUUAUUGCCCAAACCAUUGCUAGCCACUUUCGAAAGGAGCGCAGUGAAGGACUGAGGAAGAGGAAGCGUCUGCUAACAAUUAUCAUUGUCUUGGUGGCCACUUUUGCUUUGUGUUGGCUACCUUAUCAUCUGGUGAAAACCAUCUAUAUGCUGAUGGACUGGGAAAUGAUGCCCUUGUCCUGUGAGGUCCACGCCUUCCUUAUCAAUCUUCACCCUUAUUGCACUGGCUUGGCCUAUGUUAACAGUUGCCUCAACCCCUUCCUCUAUGCUUUCUUUGACCCCCGCUUCCGACAGGCCUGUGUUGCUGUCCUCUGUAGUUCUUCAGGACGUUUGGUAGGUGCUGCUGGGGACAAGUCGGCUAGCUAUUCCUCUGGCCAUAGCCAGAACCACCCAGGAAAAGCUGGGGAGCCACAAAGAGAGAAGCAGAGCCCAGACAGUCAAGAGACUCUGCUCCGGGAAUAAAAAAGGACACCAUCAAUCAAUCAUGAUGGACUUUAGUCAACAGACAGUCAGAGAGGCUAGCACUUUGCAGCUCACAAUUGCCCUAUUCCUCAGAUGGGAAGAAGCGGUCACAGCUCCAGAAAUGGGUGCUUUGAAGAUACAGCACUAGGAUUAGCACCAUGGACUCCGCCUGCUAUGAGUUUCAUUCUUCCUGUAGAGAAGACAGACCUGAUCAGAUACCCUGGAACAGAUAUAAAACUGUAUUUUUAAGUCUUUCUUCCUUUUUCCUUCUUCCUCCAACCUUCUCCUACUUGUUUCCCACUACAUGAGGUGUUAGAAAAUCUCUUUUCUGCAUGGAUGCUUAAGCAGCAGUGUUUUCUGUUUGUUUUUCAGUGAUAACCUUCUCAUGUUUUUAACUCUUUUCCAUAAACCACUGGGAGCUGGUUUCUCCUAGAAUGUGAGGGAAUGUAUAUAGCUGCUCCUUUUGGCAGUUAAUAUUGGAAGAGGUAUUUGCAUGAGCAGGAAAGAUUCCCCUGGCGAGGGAGGGGACCACAAUUUUCUUGCCUCUGUCGUCUGUUUCUUGCCUUUAUUCUCUGAUCUGAAGUAUAAAGCCAUGUAGCAUAAUGCUGCGACUUCUUUCCCCUCUUUUCAGUAGUACCACAUGGGACUCUCUUAGAAAGUUUCUGGGUGUGGGCUUUUGAAGCAUGUGCAUUAGCUGUGUUAAUCAGGGGACAUUGCACAAAAGUGGACAAUUUGUUUUUAGUUGCUCCCCACUUUGGCUACCAGCCUCUAGAAGGGGCCUGUCGUUUUCCAAAAAUAAUAACUGAUCUCCAGACAGAACAGAACAAUUCCCAUGGACAAAUGGCAGCUUCGGUGGGCAGACUCUAUGCCAUGGCAUCAUAUCCUUACUGUUCCUAUCCCUCCCCAAACUCUGUCCUCCCCAGGCACUGCCUCUAAAUAUCCUGGGAUUUUCUGAGCUGGAACUGGCAAGCCUACCCGCACCAACCCAGUGCCUCUUUUAUAGCCAAAUGAUAUUUUUUGUUAAAAAAACCCUUUCUGUAAAACACCCAAUUUUUAUUUGUUUUCUGCAAAACAUUUACACAAAACUUUUGCUAAACUUUAACCUUUUGAUAAAUGCUUCAAAACAACAAUUUUUGGCAACCGAAUUAUUUUGUUUGAAUUUGUUUGAAUAAACUAUAACAAACCUAGAAAUGCAAAUGUUUCCAGAUUGAUCCAACUGAAACAAAAGUAUUCAACUGUGUUAUCUGUGUGUCAUGCAUUUAUAGCCUAAUGAUUCUAUGGAAGAAUUUGAGAUUUCAGGAAUAUGUCUUAAGGUCUCAUUUCAUUUUCUACCUUUCUUGGGAUGUUUUAGAUAAAUUUACAUAUCCUAUAGGGAACUGUUAACACCCCCUUGCAUAAAUUCAAAACUACAAUACUGUUGUUCGCACAGUAGGAACUGCUGAUGCUGACUGUAAUCCAGUUGAACAUUUAACAGAAUUGGGUGAUAAAACCUCUUUUGGGUUGCCCCACUUUAAGCGGCUAGUAAAAGGUUUCAUGUGGGAACACACUCCCAUGGAUGGGAACCCCUAAAGACAUCCCUAUCCUCACAUGGCACUUAAAAUACCUUUGAACCAACCUCUGUCUUUUGUGUGCAAGUGUUAAUCUAGGUCAGAGACCUGGAGAGAACACUUGAAAGCCAUUGUGGGUUUUAUAUCUAACUUUCAUCCCUUGUAGUGAGAUAAGGGGCAAUUUCUCUAGCUUCAGAGAAGGCUCCUUUAAUGCCCUGCACUCAUAUUGGUAUGCAGGCAUCUAUCUCAGAAGACUGGACGGGAUGAUCUGUGAAGAGUCUAAAGUGGGGAAGGAAGCACUCCUGAUUUGUACUUCAGAUCCGAAACUAAAAAGGCUGAGGACUGAAUGGCUCAUUAUGCAUGGUGAGCUUGCCGGGGUCCCAAAUAGAAUUUGCUGCAGAGUCUUUUGUUUUGGAGCAUGUUGGUUAUUUUUACCCAUUGCCCCUUUCCCCCUGCAGUUUCUUGCCCUCUUUGCAGUGGGGCAGGCUGUUGGGCUUAAGAGGGAGAGGGGAUCAGCCAUUUUGACAUGUCACCAAUGGAGAAAAAGCACCAGAAAAACCUCCCCUUCACAAAAAGAAGCAUAAUUUUUCCAUUGGUGCACAGCGUUUAUAUUGAUAUAUCUAUAUAUUGAUAUUAAAACAUUUGUUUGUU